CGCGGUGCGCGGCCACGUGGACGGUGGCGCGGCUGCAGGUGGGCUCCGAGGGGCCGCUCCGCACCGCACCGCACCGCACCGCACCAUGAGCGUGGGGUUCAUCGGGGCCGGGCAGCUCGCCUUCGCCCUGGCCAGGGGCUUCACGGCGGCAGGGGUCCUGGCCGCGCACAAGAUCACGGCGAGCUCUCCGGACACCGACCUGCCCACCGUGAGCGGGCUGCGGAAAAUAGGCGUGAACUUCACGGUGAGCAACAAGGACACGGUGAAGAGCAGCGAUGUUCUCUUCCUGGCCGUGAAGCCCCCCAUCAUCCCCUUCAUCCUGGACGAAGUGGGCCCCGACAUCGAAGCCCGCCACAUCGUGGUCUCCUGCGCGGCCGGCGUCACCAUUAGCUCCAUCGAGAAGAAACUCUCUACCUUCUGCCCCACACCAAAAGUGAUCAGGUGCAUGACCAACACCCCCGUGAUAGUCCGGGAAGGUGCUACGGUCUAUGCCACUGGGACUCAUGCGGACGUGGAGGAUGGGAAGCUCUUGGAACAACUGAUGGCCAGCGUAGGCUUCUGCACCGAGGUGGAAGAGGACCUGAUAGAUGCCGUAACGGGGCUCAGUGGCAGUGGCCCUGCGUAUGCGUUCACUGCCCUGGAUGCUCUGGCGGAUGGGGGAGUGAAAAUGGGACUUCCCCGCAGGCUGGCUGUUCGACUUGGAGCACAGGCUUUGCUGGGUGCUGCCAAAAUGCUGUUAGAAUCUGAGCAGCAUCCCGGUCAGCUGAAGGACAAUGUCUGCUCGCCCGGGGGAGCCACCAUCCAUGCCCUGCACUUCCUGGAGAGUGGUGGCUUUCGCUCACUCCUGAUCAAUGCUGUGGAGGCUUCCUGCAUCCGGACAAGGGAGCUGCAGCAUCUGGCAGAUCAAGAGACGAUCUCCCCGGCAGCCAUAAAGAAGACUUUGUUGGAUAAGGUGAAGCUGGAGUCUCCUUCUCUGUCCGUGGCAUCCGCCAGCAAAGUCAGUCUGUUCACCAAUAAGAGCCCCAGCAGCAAGAAGAACUGACCAGACCGCUGUAGUCUGGCAGUGCUGAACAUCAGCUCCUCCAUGCCCUUUAUUUUUGUCUAAGGAGAAACGCUCACUCUGAAUGUUGGUGUCCCCCAUACCUAGCUCUUGGCUUGCAGCAGCUUUGGGGCAGUGCAGCACUGUAGAAGAGGAUCUUCAACCUGUAGUGGGGUUGGUGCAAACUGUCCCUGGCAUUGCUGUUCUCUGUUGGGCAAGGGUGGUACCAUACCAUCAUCAGAGCUUCAUCAAGGGCAUCAUUUGUCCAUAAGCCUUGGAUACUUCUAGGACUCGGGCAAUGUUUUUGGUGUCCCAUGCAGAAAUGGUUUCUAAUAGGAUUUUUAAAGAGGUUUCAGAAUGCCAUUUGGUUUCCAAGGUUCGAACCAGGCAUGGAUCCCUCCUGCCCCAUCUUGUAUCUGCUGUCAGAGCUUGUGUCUUGUUGCUGUCUUUAUGAGCUAGAACAGAUGCUGCCACACAAACGCAGUGCUGCACACUACAUUAGAGGCUGGACCCUAAAGCACCUCUCGGAAGGGACCAAAGUGCCUCUGCCCCAUCUCCCAUCUGCCUUGGCUUUGAGACACAGAUGGUGUGAACCUCUGGCCCGCACUCUGUUUCUCUCUUUGCCAGCUAUCCCUUCUCUGCUCUGGUUUGGGGAACCGUGAAGUGCUCUCACUGUCCCUCCUUUGCUGCUAGCCUGGCUUGGGUGGUUGGGCAGGUGGAGGGGUAGUAAGUGCUCCCUUUUCCCUCUGACACCUCUUCAUGCUCUCCGUGGGCAGAAUCUGUUCCCACACGCCCAUGGACAUGCUUCAGUGUCACUGUGCUCCCUGAUGUCUCCUUGCUCUUUGGAGCAGAGCUGAAGUCAAGGACAACCUCCUCCGGAGAAAGCUGCCUUCUGUACCGUUCCCUUAGACUCGAGCAGGGUUUUGUACCCAAGUGCUGGGCUGCUGCGUGACGGCAGGACUCUUCCUCAGCACCUUUCCUUGCAUCAGGCUGUACCUCCUUCUCAGGCUGCAGCGUUGAUGCCUGUUCACAGUGGCUGCUCUGCUUCAGCUUGUGCAACCCAGCUGCGUUGUGGUGGACUGGUUAUCCCUUCCAGACAGCAUUUCUCCCAGCAGAGCCCCUGGGCUGGCAAAAUCCAGAACAGGAGCCCUCAGUGUCGCCUUAUGUUGGCACAGUUAUGUCUCUGGUAUUUUCUAGAGCGUUUCUUUUUUUCCUGUUUCUUUGAAAGUGUUGCACUGCUAAUGGCUAGAAGGGGAAAACACCUAGAAAAAAGUUGGGGGUUGCUUUGUGCAGUUGCAUUCCUAGUUUUUUAGAAUGCAAGACUAAAGGGAAACACUUGAGUCCUCUGGUUUGGCUUGUGGCUCUGAUCUUGUCUCGUCUCACCUAGCUUGUCCUGUGUGAGACCCAGGAGGAAAGUCAGUCCCUUCUUGACAAAAAAGAGGUUCAGGGAGGACUUGAGAAUGCCUGAUGUCCAACAACAAAGACUUGCUUGGUGAAACACAUCCAGACGACUACAGUUUUGCAGAGGAGGAAGACUCUCACUGUUCUGGUCUGGAGAAUUUCCCAGGUCUGACUCAAAUUUAUGAACAAGACACAGCAGCAAAGUAUGGGCUCUAGGAGCAGUGGUCCCUUCUGCCCUCAGACUCCAGUAUUUGUGAGGGAAGGAAUCUGGCCAGAGUUGUGGUAGCAGCAAGCAGAGAGGGUGGCCCUGCUCGACCCUUCCUGCCAGCGGCACAGCCCGAGCACCAGGCCAGGCGUGAGCACACAGCACCAUGCUGUGUCGAGGGCAACACAGCACCUCUCUUCCCUGGGCCCGUCGGGGAAAGGGAUGAACGAGGGUUGUAGACUCCCAGGGCAGAAGGGACCAACGCUCUGAUCAGGCAGAAGGUAGGUUACGGCCCGUCAUCUAGAAGGACGGUUAAGCUUUCCUUCAGGCACAGUCUUGGGAGCCAGCCCCAGAACAGCAGCAAAGAGAAGAUUGCGUCUACUGCUUUCUGUGAUUUCUUUAUAGCCAAUGUCGCUGUGUGCCUUCCUUGCCUCUCUGCUUUUCUCCCAGAGCCCGAGUCCUGUCCCAAGCCAGAACACCGCACAAAGCAUGCAAGCUGCCCCUAGCACUUUAACAGGGCUGCAGCGCGAGCAACGGGCUGGAGGGGAUGGAACGGAUCUGGGUGGGUAACUGUUGUACUGUAUUCUACCUUGGGGUAUUCUGGGGGAGUGCUGGUACAAGGGCCAUGUUAAGAUGGGCUUACUGUCUCCUGAGGAAUCCUGGACAUGCAGGUGCUGCAGGAAAAGCAUUUUGGUAUUGAUGCAGAGGCUGCCAAAGGUGCUAGUAAUGUUAAAGCAUUUUUAGUGUUAGGCUUUCAGCUGGUAGCAGGGUAUGACCCUAUAGGCAUGACAGACGGUUACUCCUCUUCCCUCUUUACAUAAUAAACUGCUUCUCUGACAGAGAGCUGUGGCUAACCCUA